CCGCGAAAAAUUAAACUGUUUUAAUAUAGUUCUUACUCUGCUAGGGUAAACAUUCAGUUGCACAACCUCUGGUAACCUUUCUGACAUCUACAUCUGAACUGUGCAUUUUGGCUUGAAGAUUGUAAUGGAAUGGGACUCCUGCUUUUUGAAAAUAAAAACUUGGUCAAAUGAACUAUUGCAGCAGGAUCUGCCAAGAAAUGUUGAUGAAAUUAUCCAUAAUCUUUUCAGUGAAAUACAGAUUUUUGAAAAAAUGGGUGGUGUAACAAUACAUAACCAUGAACAGGUGGAGGAAAAUGCCGUUAAGCUGUGGAACUGGGCUAUUACCAAACAUUUAGGCUCAGCUAUUAAUGAAGAACAGCUGGCAAAAGUUCAACAUGUUUCUUGCAGAUUGGUGUUUAGUUUUGAGAUAUUAAAGCCAGCUGAAGCAACCAUUCGUAGAAGAAUCUUGAUGGCAGUUAAAACGGGGAGAAGCUGGCUAGACUGUAAGAAAGCCACUCUUGCUGAUGAUUUCUUUCAGGUUGCUUUGCAAUUCUUAGAAAUACUUUAUGGCCAAUUAAUAAACCGAAGAGAAGGCAAUGUGGAUUUCAACAUUAUUAAAGGAGAUGUGGAAAAAGACAUUUUUCGAGUUCUCUGCUAUCAAGCUGAAUCUGAUGUGAUACAGGGCUUCCAAGAGCUUGCAGUUUCCUGCUUGUUACGUUGCAAAGAUAUACUCAGUCGGCUACCAAAUGAGGCAAGAUAUUUAUCAAUGCUGUGCUACAAUUUUGGAAUUGACACUUACAAGCUAAAGAAAUUUGAAGACAGCUCUUUUUGGCUUGGCCAGAGCUAUGAAAUUGCAAAGUUUGAUAAAACAUUUGUGUUAGGCUGUGAUGUUAAGGCAAAAGUCUUAAGAAUGCUAGCCACUGUGUAUCUGGAGUGGGACGUCGAGAAGUAUCAAGAUAAAGCCAUAAGUGCUAUCACUUUAGCAAAUGAGGAAUAUGUACAUCCUUCUGGCAUCUGCCUUGAGUUAAAAAUCCUAUUGAAAUGUGGGUCUCCUGAUGAAUCUGUUAAUAAAGUGGCAGCAAAGCUAUUCGAUUCAAAUGUUUCUCUGGAUGUUUGUUUAAGUACUAUUACGCAGUUCUUAGAAGAUGGCAGGGAGGCACUUGCGUUUAAUUUCAUGAAAACUGUUUGUAUGCAUUUUGAAGAUUGCCCGGAAAUUGGGAAAGCUUUGCUAAUGCAUAUUGAGCUGUUGUUGCAGAGAGGGAAGGAGCUGCUUGCCAAGCAGAAGAUAGAAAAUCUCAUUACAGGUUGCAGGAAUGGGAAACAACUUUCAAGUGAAACACUUGAUCAGCUCCACCUUCUUCUAUGGGACAAAGCUGAGAAAAACUUUGAGGCAGAAAAAUAUCAAGAAUCAUUGCAGUGGUACAACUACUCAUUGAACUUCUAUUCUCCAGGACAAUUAGAUAAAAACCUUGGUAAACUUCAGAGGAACAGAGCUUCCUGCUACUUACAGCUUCAGCAAAUGGAAAUGGCUAAUGAAGCAAUCAAAGAAGCUGAGAGGUGUGAUCCGGAAAAUAUUUUUACCCAGUUCAGCAUCUACAAAAUUGCAGUGUUGGAGAACUGUGAAGAAAGAGCUUUUCAGGCUUUAAGGUCAAUGGGAAAUUUGCUAGAAAAUCCCAUUAGAAAUGAGAAUGGGAUGUUAACAGCUGGGAUUACAGCAUCACAACUUUUAAAUCUAACAGCACAAAUUGCUCUUGAGAGUAAUAAAGAGGAUUUAGCUAUAAAAGCUCUACAGUAUCUUUGUGAACAGUCAGAAGAUAUAAAACACAUUUUUACUCCACUCAGGUGUCUUGUGCGACUCAUUAUUUCGAAACUGACAUCUGAAGAUGCAGGUGCAAGAGGCAUGCACUUUGAUGUAAUACAAACUUACAUUAAAAUGGCCUUGCAGAAGAUUUCCUUGCUAAAUCCUAGAGAAGAUUCAAGUCUAGAAAUAAAGACUGAGGAAGCAAAUUGGUUCAGAAAAAUUGCUUGGAAUCUUGCUUUAGAAUGUGAGGGAUAUCCUCCACUAAUGAAAGAUUUCUUUGUGCUUUCAUACCAGCUUUCUGAGUAUUGCACAUCAGAUGUUCCAGGUUUGAUUGGAAAGAAGACAUGCCUUCUUAUGAUUGCAGCAAGUUGUCUUGAGCUUGGAAGGAUAUCUAGACACUCGGACCAUGAGAAAGAAAAUUCUCUGGCAUUAGAAUAUCUUCACAUCUGCAAGGACAUCUGGAGAACUUUGAAAAUCUCAAGUAAUUCCUCCAAAGACCCAACGGAUAUAAUUAUGCUACUUUAUGAGUUCGAGGCCAGAGCUAAACUGAAUGACCCAAAGCUUGAAACCGUUCUAGAGUCUGUUUUGGAGCUGCCACAGAUUGAACCAAAGGCUCUACAAACUAUUGCUUCACUUGCAAUGGAGUCACCAGCUUACUUUCCAUUUUUGUGCAAAAAGGCCCUGCGAAUUGCUCUGUCCCUUUUGAGAAAGUGCCAGGAUACUGACAUUGUACAAUGCAGUCAGUGUCUUCACAGUCUAAUUCAGCUGUCGUUGCCUACUGGAGUCCUUGAAAUGGAGUCUCAAGUGCUGGAGGAAGCAUGGAGCUACUAUGAAGAUGCUAAGAUCAUCAUCAAUAGUACAACUGGCAGCUACCCUGAAGUGGAGAUCCUUUGGCUUCUAACAAAAGCCUGGAAUACUGGAAUUCUUCUGUACAGCAUAAAUAAGUACACUGAAGCAGAAAAAUGGUGUGGUCUUGGUAUGAGUUUCUUGAGACACCUCGGUUCACUACAGGAAAGUUAUGAAGCCCAGAUGACUGGUCUUUAUGCAGAAUUAUUAGAGCGCCUAGAUACAUCCAAGAAAAGCAUUGUCACUGAAGAAUGAAGAUCAGGGUACCAUUUUCAGUAAAUUAAUAACUAAUUUGUGAAAUAGCUGCAAACAAAAAGUCUUGACUGAUUUUGUU